AUGACUCUCUCUAUAUCUAUCUAUCUAUCUAUCUAUCUAUCUAUAUAUAUAUAUAUAUCUACUCCUUUCUUUCGUUAUCUCUUUUUACUCCAUUAUUCUUUUUAUGUACGACUUGUUCUUCCUUUACUUUUUUUUUUAAUAACCUUCGCUUUUUAUACGGUCUUAUUUAAUUUUCCCUUCUUCCUUGCUUUCUUUUAUUUUCUUAUUUUCUCCUCGUUUCAUUUAAUAUUUCCUUAUCACUUUUCUUCUUUUUCAGAUCAUCAAAAUCUUUAUUUGCUUUUCUACCUUUUCUUCUUAGAUCUUUCUUUAUUUCAUUAUUUCUACCCACGCCUUUUGCGUUUAUUCUUUUUCGUUCUUCUUUUUCUUUCUUUCUUUUUUUCCCAACGAUCUCUCCCUGGUUUAUAUUUUUCCUUUUCAUUCUCUUUGCCGUUUUGGUUUCUUUCUUUCUUUAUUUUUAUACCUUUUCACCUUUCAUCCGUUUUUCCUCCUUUCUUUCUUCACUUUUUUCUUUCACAUAAUCACAGUGUUUCUUUCUUUCCUUCCUUCCUUCUUUCUUUCUUUCUUUCUUUCUUUCUUUCUUUCUUUCCUUCCUUCUUUCUUUCUUUCUUUCUUUCUUUCUUUCUUUCUUUCUUUCUUUCUUAUUUUUCUUCUUUAAACUAUCAAAGUUUCUUAACUUUUUGUUUCUUUUUUUCAACACUAGUUACUUUCUUAUAUUUUCCUAGCAUUCUCGUCGUUUCUUUCUUUCUUUUCUUUUUUCAUAUGAAUAUACAUAUCUCUCAUUUUCCCUCUAUUUCCUUACUUUUUUAUUUCUCUUUUACAACCUUCUUUUCUCUUAUCUCUCAUUUCCCUUGCUCUUUUUAUUCCUCUUUUACAACCUUUUUUUCUCUUAUCUCUCAUUUCCCUUGCUCUUUUUAUUCCUCUUUUACAACCUUCUUUUCUCUUAUCUCUCAUUUCCCUUCUUACUUUUUAUUCCUCUUUUACAACCUUCUUUUCCCUUUCCUUUUUCUGUGUAUUUCUUCAUCUCUUACUUUUCUCGGAUAUUCUAUUUUCUUUUAA